AUGGUGGGAAGCGGUCUUAUCGCUAUGUAUGGCAACUCUGGACACUUGGACUAUGCACGCCAGGUGUUCGAUCAAAUAUCUGAAAGAAAUAUUAUGGUAUGGACCGCUAUGAUGAGGGCGUAUGGCAUGCAUGGGAACCCACACAAAGCGCUUACUCUUUUCUCAAACUUUUUGGAGGGCGGGUUCCAGCCCGAUGGGGUUGUGUUUUUAUGCUUGCUAUCAACGUGUAGUCAUGCAGGGUUAGUUUCGAAAGGCAGUGAGAUUUUCAAACAAAUGGAAGUUUAUGGUGUGGGGAGAGGUCAUGAACAUUACGCUUGUAUGGUUGAUCUGAUGGAAGCGGUUGAGUUUGUGAAAUCGAUGCCUGUGUUACCUAGCAAGGAUGUGUAUGGCGCUCUUCUUGGUGCGUGUAGAAUGCAUAAUAAUAUUGAACUUGCUGAAGUUGUUGCACAGAAGUUGUUUAUUUUAGAUCCAAAUAGUGGUGGCCGGUAUGUAACUUUGGCUAAGAUAUAUGGGGACGGUUGA